UCAUUCUCUAUCCUUUCCAAGCCUGGAAAAGUCAAUAAUUCUGUAAAAUUGAAGGUUAUACACUUAUACAUGACUUCGGAUGAAUUUUGGGAAAUUUUUUUGAAAGCAAAGUGGAUAUGGGAGGGGUUCUCCAACGAAGUAUAAGAUUACUAAACAAUUACUAGUAUUCCGUAUGAUUUAUAAAUUAUUAAUUCAAAAUACAGUAUUAAGUAUCGAACUACGAGUUAAUGCAAAAACAACCCGAUACAUCGCAUAAAUGGAAUUAAAGAGGGUAAGAAGCAGAGUAGAUAUCUAUAAUACAAAAAAAGGCAUAUACAUAAAUAACUAAAUAGUAAAUACCAUGUGAAUGGUGCCAUAUUUUAUCCGAUCAACUUCACUAAACACAUCCAUCAUCCAUGCCUCAUUAGCAGCCACAUUUAAUGGCCACAAUAUCGUGUAACACUAACAGACACUCCCAUAACACAUGCCUUCUUUUUUCAGUCAACACUUAUUUCUUGCAUAUAAAUGUGCAUUUUUCCUAACUUCCCACAUCUUAUAAAUAUAUAUAUAUUUUUUUGUUUUAUCAAAAUUAGAUUUUUGUAUAUAUAUUUAUCUUUAAGAAUAUCAUAAACAUAUCGUCUAAAAAAAAAUGGAUGGAAAUCUGAGAAAAUCUCUCUCUUCAAACUCCAUGUAUUCUCUGAAUUCUAGGCUUGAUCACUUGGAUUCUACGAUAAAAUAUUUGGAAGAUAGGAAAUGUUCGUCAACAAGAUGGACCAAUGAUGGUGCAGGACAUGGGGUUGUGAACAGAAAUUGCGUGCCAAUUGACUUGGCUGUCAUGGAGGCCCAAUCCAAAGGUUCGAUUUUGGAUCGAAUCACGUCUCUCGAGGAACGAUUAAUCCAGGUAUGCUCACUCAUUGAAUCUGAAGCUGCUUUGUCUCCAUCAAAAAACUCUCAAGAUGAAACUUCUCCUCGGAUUUCAAGAAAAGGAUUUUCCAACUCAUUUUCAAGAUUUAGGCUGCCUCGUCGUAGCAACAAUAAGCAACCAAUAUCCCGAACUUGCAUGGACAAACCCCCGGUUACAGAGGGAAAAGAGCAUAAGAAGAGUAAGGGUGAAAAAUCUUCUCCUAAACAUAAGAAAUUGGAUUCUUCUAGUUUGUUACAUUUGAGAUUAUUGGGCUGCUCAUGAUUUGGUUUCAUUAAAUUAUUUUUUUCUCCCAUGUGCUAUGUCAAACAUACUUGUAUUAAUCUAGAUAUUCAUGUUGUGACUAUGUCUCCAAAGAGUAUUAACUUGUUUAGUAGUGACUCGGGGUGGUUAUUGGGCGGGUCAGUUCGGGUUGGUGCGGGUCAUUAACGUGGCGGAUCGGUUGCGAGUCAUGAUGAAUGUUUAGUGGGUCAGGGUCGGGUCAAGAUCAAUGCGGGUCAGGGUUGAAUCAAGGUCGAGAUAAAAGUGAAACGGGCCAUUAACGGGCCUUAUUUCCUGUAACAAAAAUGGCAAUGCAUCCAAUAGAAUUGAAGUAAGUUUCAGGACACCUUUCCACCACAUUAUUUACCCUAAAGAAAGGUAACCAAUGGCGGCCAAACUUAGCAGCUUUCAUGAAAGCAAACAGAGUAACUUAUAUUUCUGAUUACAUUUUGAAAUCCACAAAGUUCAGAUCACAUUUUCAGAAGCAAAAACCAAUGCAUUGUAAGUAAAUAAACAUUCUGAAAUCCACAAAGUCUAGUCUGCAUACUCCAUUUAAGAAAAAAAAAAAAAAAAAAAAA